CUUACGCAAUACAAUUUGAGUGACGUUAAUGCUCCGCGACCAGACGUUUACGCGACGCGCACAGCAGCAAUGGCGAGCGGAAAGAAGAGCGCCCUGCUCUCCUCUCUGGCGGACUAUGGAGACGAUUCAGAGCCCGACUCCGAGCCCGAAGGAGAAGAGACAGCUGUGUUUUCCAUGCCGUGUCCCUGUUCCCCUCCUGUCUCUCUCUCAGUAGAGGGCCGUGCAGGAGGUCUGGUGUACAGAUACGACGAAGAUGACCUGAACCGAACUGAGGACGCUGACGACAAGAGGUCUGGAGAUGAAGACAGCAGGGAGAGCAACUCGGAAAUGGACGAGUCUGACGAGGGGAGGGACGCAGAUGAUGUUGAGAUCUCAGAAUUAGAAAGAAAGGACCCCAAUGAGCUUGUUGCUCUGUUCUCAGAAAAAGUGAGGAACAUGUCACCCGAUGAGAUCAGGAUCCCCCCCGAGCCCCCUGGACGCUGCUCGAGCCAACUACAGGACAAGAUCCACAAGCUGUACGAGAGGAAGCUUCACGGAGAUUUUGACACAAACAGCCACAUCCAGAAAAAGAAAGAAUUUCGAAACCCGAGCAUCUACGAGAAGCUCAUUCAGUUCUGUGGUAUAGAUGAACUGGGAACAAACUACCCCAAAGACAUGUUUGAUCCGCAUGGCUGGUCAGAGGACUCGUACUACGAAGCUCUAGCCAAAGCUCAGAAAGUGGAGAUGGACAAACUGGAGAAAGCCAAGAAGGAGCGGACCAAGAUUGAGUUUGUCACAGGAACCAAGAAGGGCACCAACCCCUCCAGCACAGCAGCCUCCACCACCAGCAACACCACCACCACCACCGCCACAGCAGAGGCCCAGAAGAGGAAAAGCAAGUGGGACUCCGCAAUCCCCGUGACCCUGGCCCAGCCCACCAUUAUCACCACCACUGCGACCCUGCCCGCUGUCGUCUCCGUGACAACAACGGCCAGUGGCACCAAGACCACUGUCAUCUCAGCGGUGGGCACCAUCCUAAAGAAAGCAAAGCAGUGAACACAGAGACCUGCGUUAUCCUACGCUUAUUAUAUAAUUAAAAAGACGCAGAGAGCAGACGAAUGUACCUGACAAACACUCGGCGUACAUUUUUUGGAUCAACCUACAAACAUCCUCUGCUUCACACUCUAAAGACUUUACUGCCUUCUGUCUCUGGGAUUGUAUCUGCACUAUUGCAGCAUAAAGCCAAAUUUAGCCACAGUUUGGUGAAAAUACUCUGAGAAUCUGAUGCAUGCCGAUGAAGCCCGUCUGUCUUGUUUGUUAAUUUUUUUAAUAUGUUGGCAACAGUUGUUUAAGUCAGUUGAGGAACAAUGGUUCGAUAAGGAAAAGGAUCCCACACAUACACUUGGUAGCGAUAUCUGAAUAUGUGUUUAUUUUUCUAUCCAUAGUUCUGGUGCAGUAUUUUCAAAACGUGUAAUAGCUCAACAUGUGCAUCAUUUUUUUCAGCUGUUUUUUGUUGUCUUCAUUGGCAUAUAGACGUCUCUAAGGUAAAUUUUUUUACACUUGUACAUACUUUUUGAUUAUAAGGUGAAUAAAUGGAUCAGAUGUUGCCUUUUUAGA